AUGAUCACCCCAGAUUCAACACCGUGGGAGAUGCUCGAUCCCAUCUCUGCUCCCUCAGGCAGUGAGCUCUACAAAAACAACACUAUCUCCGAAGACAUGUCAGUGGAAGUGGGAUUAGAAGGCCAGCCACAGCCUCCUUACAGUCAUGAGUACACUAGGUCCUACCCUAUCCACCCCAAAGCAUCAAGCGAGAAUAAAAGCGACAGUGGUUACUUGAGACCGCAGACGCAGGAGCGAAACCACAUGCUGGUAGCUCGACAGCCAAGACGUCAGCUGGCGCCGCACAGAGAACGUAUCGAUUCAGAACAAACACAGCAAGAAACCUCCAUUCAACCUCCAUAUGAACAACAGGGACUUCCUUAUCAGCCCCCAUACAGAACUAUGCCAGAGUUGUCUAUCUCGCCCGAGCCAGUGAACCUCCCUUGGCCUUACAGUCCAUCCCAGAUGCCUGUAGCUGCUCCACCGCGCGAUAGGCAAAGACAGCAUAGUUCGAUGAACCAGGGGAACUCUCACAUGGUAAGGCCUAAUCAAGGCACUAUUUACCCAAGAUAUCAGUCCUCAUCCGGGAGAUCAAGUCCGACAAUCUGGCCACAGGAUCGCAAUGCACCUUCCAGCCAAAGAACUAUAUCUCUAUCCGAGGCUAAAAGUCUAAGAGCCCAGAUAUCAUACCUCCAGGAGAAAGUGAUCAAGUUAGAAGGCAAGCCCAUUGAUAUAGAGGCGUCAAAGUAUCAAAUUCUCUACCGAAUCGAGAAUGAUAACAUAUCUCGAGGCAUGUACCUAAGGAUGGAUAGCGAUGAGGACUUCAAAACUCCGUGGAUGGGAACAUUCACAGAUCCCCCCGAACGCUAUGGGCUCCCCCGUCUACGUUGUAAUGACCGAUUGGCCAAUUUUGAGCUCUACCUGGCUUUGAACAAAGACAUAUCAUUCGUGGUAUUUCGAAAUUUUAAGAGGACAGUCGAGCGGCACUCGUUAAGAGCGAAGUAUGGGAAGCCAGAGCCAUUCAGCGAGAACAUUCUUCCUGUUUCAGAGUAUCUCAAAGAGAUAUUCGAAGAGAUGCUGAGUGGUCGAGAGUUCAAGUCUAUGUAUAGUGGUUACCAGGCUUCCCGAGAGGUCAAGAAACCCUAUCUCUUCGUCUACCACAACCGAUCCAAAGUGGCUGAUAUGAGGGAAGGGCUGAGCUCAGCAGCUCAGCAGCAAUUGGAUCUCUUCAUGGAUUAUGUCCAAGCAACAUGUGGCGAGGAGUAUGCUGUCGCGGACAGUCUGCUCAACAAGGGCCGCAUUCGCCCGGAGUAUGUCCCAUACUUGUUCAAGCCCAACGAUGUCUUGAUUUCCAAAGACAACAAUGAGUACACGGGAUACCUCGCGCUAGACUGGCCGUUUCAAGACGAAAGAUAUUUUGGAUCUGAAAAGUCUUCCCUGUGGAGAGUCAGGGGCCAGACAUGGGAGUUUGACGGCAAGUUUUGUAGAAGAUGGGACAUACUGGAAUUUCAAACGUCAGAGACACAGCUUGCCGCAAACAAGUCACAAAAUCGACGCGAGAAUCCCAUUGAUGAUCCAAUGCUUAACUCAUACAGCCAGAAAGCAGCUGGCGACUCACCCUCAGCUGAGAGCAAUUCGAACAAAGAGUGUGCUAUUACUGACCUUGCUGUGUUCCCGAUCAAGCACGCAUCAAGUGAAAUUUUCCAAAUGCUUCAGAGGCGUGGAGAGACCUUCUGGAAACUACGUGGACAUCGAUAUGUGUCUUACCAUGCCACAGAAGAAGAAAACUUCCAGACCAUGGCCGAUGACCGAUACAUCAUAGACAUGAAAACGUACAAACGAUUGCAUCCACCCUCGAAUGUUCAAAUUGAAUACAAAAGCUUGCUUGAUGACCGAGCCAUGGCCAGGGAGUCACCCCCAGAUGAAACAUUCCAAUUUUUGAUGCCCCCCAGAAUUGUCGGGUUCAACCUUCGCCGAAAGAAGUGGUUCAAGCUCUGCACCGACCGCAUCUCCGAUGUAGUUUGGAACAAAGAAGCAUUCAAGAGCCUGGCCCUCGAGUCCAAAUCUCGGGACUUGAUCCAAGCACUGGUCACUAACCACAUUGAAGCUGAGUACUCGGCAGAUUUAAUCGCAGGAAAGGGCAACGGUCUCAUCCUGCUCUUACACGGUGGACCAGGAACAGGUAAGACACUGACUGCAGAGAGUGUCGCUGAAAUUGCAGAGCGACCUCUCUAUCGUGUCACCUGCGGCGAUGUGGGCACCAAGCCUGAAGAGGUCGAAAAGUAUCUCGAGUCUGUUCUUCACCUGGGCAAGAUAUGGAACUGCGUCGUGCUACUUGAUGAAGCCGACGUAUUCCUUGAGCAGCGGGGGAUGGAAGACCUGAAUCGGAAUGCGCUCGUAUCAUCAUUCUUGCGAGUGGUAGAAUAUUUCGAGGGAAUUCUCAUUCUGACCACAAACCGGGUAGGUACAUUUGAUGAGGCGUUCAAAUCGCGAAUUCAACUGGCACUGCACUACCCAAGCCUCGACGAGGACCAGCGACGUCUCAUUUGGGAGGCUUUCAUGGAGCGGUUGUGGAAGUCUGAACCUAAUUCUGUCAAUAUUCAUGAUCUGCGCAUGAAUUUGGAUGUGCUCAAGAAGGAGAGUUUGAAUGGUCGACAAAUCCGGAAUUGUAUCACCACUGCUCGUCAAUAUGCUAAGUGGCAGAAAACAUUCCUCACAUAUGAACAAGUCAAGGAUGUAAUUCAGGUGUCAGCGCGGUUUGAUGCUUAUCUGGAAAAUCUUCAUCGUCCAUCUACGCAGACUUGA